ACUAGUCCUCGAAACGCUGUCGUUUUUAGCCUAGUUAGCGACCUUAAGCCUCUUCCAUCCCAGGACCUUACUGGCCACCACUGUCGCGUGGCGAGAGAUGGGUCGUAUGUGGAUGAGACGGAUCCUACUCAGACAAAACUCUCUACCUCUGCUGAAGCCUCCCAUGGCCUGCUUGUUAACGCCUGCGACACUCCAAAAGCCCAUCUCCUCUCCCUUUCUGAAACCAUCACCACCAACUCUAGCUCCUCUUGCCUCGUCCCACCGUCGCUCUCUUUCAACAGCAACAGCUUGUUCUCUUCCGGAUCCUCUCGUUUCCCUCGAUGGAAUUUCUUCCUAUUUUGGAGGAGAUGACGGCGUUGGAACUUCAAACAAGGGCUUGAAGGUUCUUCUCAAGGGCAUGACAUACGAUGAGCUUGAAAAAUGGGUUCAGUCUCAUGGCUACAGGCCUGGCCAGGCUUUAAUGCUAUGGAAACGUCUCUAUGGGAACGGUAUUUGGGCGCAUCAUAGUGAUCAGCUGGAAGGCUUGAAUAAAGAUUUUAAGAAGAUGUUGAGUGAGAAUGCUGAAUUCAAGGCAUUGUCUUUGAAACAAGUUAUUACCGCCGCUGAUGGAACUAGGAAGAUUUUGUUCACUUUGGAAGAUGGAUUGGUGAUAGAAACUGUUGUCAUACCUUCCGAUAGUAGCAGGAAUACUGUUUGUGUUUCAAGUCAAGUGGGCUGUGCCAUGAAUUGUCAGUUCUGCUACACUGGCAGGAUGGGUUUAAGAAGACAUCUGACUGCUGCCGAGAUUGUGGAGCAGGCUGUCUUUGCACGGUGCCUGCUUACAAAUGAAGUUGGUGACAUUACAAAUGUUGUAUUUAUGGGAAUGGGAGAACCACUUCAGAACAUUGACAAUGUUCUUAAAGCUACAGACAUAAUGCUGCAUGAUCAAGGCCUUCAUUUCAGUCCUCGCAAGAUCACUGUUUCAACAAGUGGGCUUGUCCCCCAGCUGAGGCGUUUCCUCAAAGCAUCUAAUUGUGCUUUAGCUGUUAGUUUGAAUGCAACGACUGAUGAGGUCAGAAACUGGAUCAUGCCAAUUAACCGGAAAUAUAACAUAGGCUUGCUUCUUCAGACCCUUAGGGAGGAACUUCGCUUCAAGAAUAACUACAAAGUUCUUUUUGAAUAUGUAAUGCUUGCAGGAGUUAAUGAUAGCAUUGAGGAUGCAAGGAGGCUUGCUGAUCUUGUUCGGGGAAUUCCAUGCAAGAUCAAUCUUCUCUCAUUUAAUCCUCAUGGCGGAUCCCAAUUCAGACCAACCAGUGACGAGAAGAUGAUUGAGUUUCGAAAUCUUUUGGCUGAAGCAGGGUGUGUUGUCUUCUUGCGGUCGAGUAGAGGUGAUGAUCAGAUGGCUGCUUGUGGUCAGCUUGGAAAUCCUGGUGCAAUCCAGGCUCCCUUACUCCGUGUGCCAGAGCAAUUCAAAAUGGCAAUGGAAGUGUCUCUGUGAUCCGAUCAUCUCAACAUUAUAUUCCCAAAGCCUUAGAUGAAGCAGAAGCUAUGCGUUAAUUUUAUUACUAGCCUUGGAGCUGUCUCUUCUGGUGCAUCGGCGUUGCAUCGAACAAACUUGGGGUAUCUGGCCUUUUUGGAAUUCCUAUCUUCCCUCCCCCGUCGUAUCACCAUGGCCUGCAUGUUCAAUCUUAGCUCUCUCUUGUAUGCAUUCACCUCAUUGCUGUAUCAGCGGGUCUGUGACCAAACUAAGUAGAAAAGCCUGGCUAGGAAUAAUAUUUGAUGUCUUCUGCAAACAGUAAAUGUAGCUUCUGUGUCGGCGGAUGCUAAAUUCCUCAUUUAUGAGUCUUUAAACAUUAAAGCCUUAAUUAAUUCAUCGUGUUUUUUCUUUGG